AUGAAUUUGUAUUUUUUCCUUUCCAGUUCCCGUGAACCCUCAUGGCAGAAAGCAACUGAGAUGCUUCUGGAUGUUGCCAGUCAUGGAGAAGCUACUGGUUACGAAGUGCCUUGCCUCAUUGUUGCUGCUAAGGACGAUCUUGAUCCUUAUUUGACCGAGAUUCAAGAUUCAACAAGGGUAAGUCAGGACAUGGGGAUUGAGGCUCCUAUUCCUAUCAGCACAAAGCUGGGAGAUUUCAGUAAUAUAUUUCAAAGGAUUAUAAGUGCAGCAGAGCACCCCCAUUUGAGCAUUCCUGAAACUGCAGCUGGAAAAAGCCGUAAGCAGUAUCACAGAUUUGUUAAUCGCUCCCUUAUGUUUGUAUCAGUUGGAGCUGCAGUAGCCAUUGUUGGGGUGGCUGCUUAUCGGGUUUAUGCUGCAAGAAAGAACGCCUCUUCCAGUUAA